GAUCAAAGCAAGAACAGCCGCUCCUUUUCUAUCAACGGCUUGGAUUGAGUCUCUCCCUAAAACCCUCGUCGCCGCCGCCGCCGCCGCCGCCUUGGUUAGUUCCACUUCCACGCCGGCGCGCCGCUUCUUCUCCCGUCGUCGCCGGCGCCGAGACGAUCCGCCGGCGAUGGCUCUGGCUCGCCUCGGGCACGCUGUCACCGGACGCCUCCGCCGCCCUCUCCACCUCCUCCAUCCUCCUCCGCCGCCGCUUACGGAUCACCAUGCCUCGGUUGCCCACUCGUUCGCGCUGAUCCACGCGAAUACACGCGCAAGAGGUUUUGCAAGCUCGCCGUACAAUGCCGGUGGCGUGAUUGGUUACAGGGGGCGGUCGCCUGUCUAUACUGUGAAGGUUCUGGAGCUACUAUUCCAAAUAAAUCAUACAAGAUCAAUGUCGACAGCAGCACAGGCAGAGCCGCCAUCAUUAUCGAAGGCACCGACACCGUCGCAAACAUCAUCGAAGGUGCCACUUGGUGCCCGCAAGGUCGGUAUGAAGGUUGUCAUGAUGAGCCCUGGUUUUGUAUAUGAGCCAUACAGCAUUCGGGAACCAAUCCCCUUCUGGAAAAGAUGGUUUACACCAAGUGGCUGGAGAAGAACAAAGGAGGACGUUAUUCUGGAGAUGAAGAAUGCAUAUGCUGUGUCAAGAUUGAGAAAGAAAACAGGCUAUACCAAAAAGGAAUUCUAUGAUCAAGCAUUCAAGAUAUACAAGGAGGUUAACACACUGAUGGCACAUGGAGACACAUCAUCUCUCCGUAAAAUAUUGACAGAGAGAAUGCAUUCGACUAUAAAAAAUGAACUGAAGAAAAGACAAUCCAUGUGGAGUUCUGUUCACUGGGAAUUGGUGGAGCCUGCUGUGUGCAUAAGAACUUUGAGGGCUCGCAUGAUUGGACUCGAUAAAAAUGACCUUGACAAAGCUUUCAUACAGCUUACGCUUGAAUUCGUCACUAAACAGAAAUUUGAAGCCUAUAAUACAAAAGGUGAGGUCGUGUCUGGAGAUAAGUCAAAAGAGGUGCUUGUGAAAGAUAUAUGGGUGUUUGAAAGAUCCCUUUUUCACCCUGGAGCAUACUGGCGUGUAUGUGGAAGAAUUACAUUGUAAAAAUCUCUUGGCAAGCACAUACCAAGCUGAACAGUGGCUUUUGUUAUGCACAGUGGUCUCAAUAAUUCUUUUGCCCUACCAUCCUGUAUUCCUCCUGUCUAACAAUGUCUAACAAGAUCUCCAGGCACCUAUAUACAUGAUGGUAGUUUAUUUAUCAGCAGAGGAAAUAGGCACUCUUUUCUCUACACUUUUGUUAGGGAGGUAGCUGGGCAUGUUCCCCUUCAGAAUGGCUCUUUUUUUUUUUUCACUGUCAUCAGAUUGCUGUCCUACAACAAUACUCAUACCUGAUACGAAGUGAUCAUGUGACGCCUUCGCAAGGAAAAGCUUGAAAUGUUUUGCCAGUUUCUACCUUUAUCCUUUUUGCUAGUUACAAUGUUUAACGCUGUGAACUGAUGCUGAUGGUGUGACAAGUAGUGGUACUUGUCUUAGGCUCAUUAAAUGAAUCCUACAGACACUUUGAUAUUA